AUGUUUUGCCUCCAGUUCAACCUUGGUGCGGCACAAAAGACUCCAACAGGAGAGAAGCCAUACCAAUGCCAGGAGUGUGGGAAAUGUUUUACUAACAGUUCACACUUGGUAACCCACAAAAGACUCCACACAGGAGAGAAGCCUUACCAAUGCCAGGACUGUGGGAAGUCUUUUGCUUCCAGUUCAGCCUUGGUGAGCCACAAAAGACUUCACACAGGAGAGAAGCCAUAUCAGUGCCCAGAGUGUGGGAAAUAUUUUGCUUACCGUUCAGCCUUGGUGAGGCACAAAAGACUCCACACAGGAAAUAAGCCAUACCAAUGCCAAGAUUGUGGGAAAUGUUUUGCUCAGUGUUCACACUUGGUGAGGCACAGAAGACUCCACACAGGAGAGAAGCCAUACCAAUGCCAAGAGUGUGGGAAGUGUUUUACUAACAGUUCACACUUGGUGAGCCACAGAAGGGUCCACACAGGAGAGAAGCCAUACCAAUGCCAGCAGUGUGGGAAUUUUUUUACUUCCAGCUCGGCCUUGGUGAGCCACAAAAGACUCCACACAGGAGAGAAGCCAUACCAAUGCCAGGAGUGUGGGAAAACUUUUGCUGACAGUUCAGUCUUGGUGAGCCACAAAAGACUCCACACAGGAGAGAAGCCAUACCAAUGCCAGGAGUGUGGGAAAGGUUUUACUUACGGUUCAGCUUUAGUGAAGCACAAAAGACUCCACACAGGAGAGAAGCCCUACCAAUGCCAGGAGUGUGGGAAAUGUUUUGCUUCCAGUUCAGAUUUGGUGAGGCACAAAAAACUCCACACAGGAGAGAAGCCAUACCAAUGUCAGGAGUGUGGGACAUGUUUUGCUCACAGUUCACUCUUAUUGAGGCACAAACAACUCCACACUGGAGAGAAACCAUACCAAGUCCAGGAAAUGUUAUGCUGACAGUUCAGCCUUGGUGAGGCAUAAAAAGCUACACACAGGAAAGGAAGGGUAGAAGUUCCAGAAGUAUGGGAAUUGUUUUACUCAGACUUCAUCCUUUAACAAGCACUAGAGAAUACACACAGGCUAAAAACAUACAAAUGUGAGGCAUGUGGGAAAUGUUUUGAUUGGGGUUCAUACCUUUUGAACUAUCACGGACUACAUACAGGAGGGACAUUAUCCAAAGAGCUGGAACAAAAUAAAUAAAAUGAGAUGCAACCGGGAAAUUGAAGGUACUGGACAUUCUGGUGCUGUAGACUAUACAUUCAACAUUUCCCGAUGAGCACGUGUUAUUCCAUUGGCUUCCAGUAACACUUGACUUGACUUUGGACUCAUUUCUUAGACAAUUCUCUUCUUAGUUUCAAAUUCUGUUCAUGUUUUUCACUUUUUUUGACUUGGACUGUUUUGGAGAAGGCUUUUGCUUCCCUGGACACCCAUAUCAUCUGAUUUCAAACAAGACAGUUUGAGAAGUUCUGUCUAAGAUUUGGUGGAGUCCUCUUUCUUGUUAUUUAAAUGUCACUUAAAUAGAAACCACAUGUA